AUGACCAAGAUUAAUCAAGUAUUGUUCUUCGCAAUUGCUUUCAUUGCUUACGAAACUGAUGCUCAAUCUGAAACAACUCGUCAGAUUUCAACAACUGUUCCUUCGGUCAAUUCUACAUGGAUAACCACACCAUCAGCUAACGUAACCUGGUCUACAACACCAUCAGCUAACGUUACAUGGGCAGCUCCACGAUCAGUCAACUCAACUUGGUUAACUACAUCAGCAGUUAAUGCCACUUGGGCUACAACACCAUCGGUAAACACGACCAUUUUGAGUACGCGACCAGUAAAUGCGACAUGGCCGACUAAUCCAUCGGACAAUACCACAUGGUUGACAACACGACCUGUCAAUACAACCUGGUUGACUACCCCACCAGCCAAUACUACAUGGUUGACAACAUCUUCUAACGUUACUUGGACAGCCCCACCAUCAGCCAAUACAACCUGGUCGACUACCCCACCAGCCAAUACUACAUGGUUGACAACAACUUCUAACAUUACUUGGACAGCCCCACCAUCAGUUAACACAACCUGGUCGACUACUCCACCAGCCAAUACUACAUGGUUGACAACAACUUCUAACAUUACUUGGACAGCCCCACCAUCAGUUAACACAACCUGGUCGACUACUCCACCAGCCAAUACUACAUGGUUGACAACAACUUCUAACGUUACAUGGACAGCUCCACCUUCAGUCAACACAACCUGGUCGACUACCCCACCAGCCAAUACUACAUGGUUGACAACAACUUCUAACAUUACUUGGACAGCCCCACCAUCAGUUAACACAACCUGGUCGACUACUCCACCAGCCAAUACUACAUGGUUGACAACAACCUCUAACAUUACUUGGACAGCCCCACCAUCAGUUAACACAACCUGGUCGACUACUCCACCAGCCAAUACUACAUGGUUGACAACACUUUCUAACAUUACUUGGACAGUUCCACCUUCAGUCAACACAACCUGGUCGACUACUCCACCAGCCAAUACUACAUGGUUGACAACAUCUUCUAACGUUACAUGGACAGCUCCACCAUCAGUCAACACAACCUGGUUGACGACAUCAUCUGAUAAUGACACGUGGGCUACUACACCAUCUCUUAACGUCACAACUGUGCCUAAUUUCGCAUAA